AUGAGUAAAAUUCCAAUGUCGGAUCAGGAGACUGUAAUGGAACAGUCACUCUUGGGCCUUAUCUGGAACAGGAAAGAUGACACUCUGAGCAUCCAGCUGAAAGCGUUUGAGGGAGGCACGAAGCGAGAUCUGGCACAGUUUACUGCAAAAAAAGGAAGAGAUACUGAAGAAAAAUUGAAGAAACAGACCUUUCCACAACAAGCGCUAAGUCGGCAGUCAUCAAUGCAACUUCAUCUUUUUGUCGAUGCUCCCCAACCCAGUUAUGCCGCAGUGAUUUACGCGAAAGACGGAAACAAAACUAAUAUAAUCUUUUGCAAAACGAGCAUAAUGCCUGUGAAGAAAUUUGUUGCGGCGCAACAAGAAGUUACGACAAAAUUAACAAUCCCAAGAGCAGAAUUAAUGGCAGUAUUAAUCGGAAAGCGAGCAUUAGACUUUGUAACGCAAGAAAUGAGAGUUGAGAAGUAUACUUGCUGUGCCUGGUCGGACUCCAAAUGUGUGCUAGAAUGGUUGGCAACCAAAAAUGUCGACAAACUUUCACGGUUUGAAAAAAACAGAGUGGAAGAAAUUUGA